AUGGGGGAGCCUAUGGAUGCACCUCGCACUUCUAUUAGGGUCCAAACAUCCUGGGGCUUUAUCCUCAAGGGCGGGAACCAGAUGCAGGGUCUGCAGUUCCUAAGGCCGGGCAGCAGCCCCCCUCCCCCCUUCUUCUGCCAGCCCCCCUCGCUCUCUCUUACAUCCUCAGGAAAGACGGCCGCGCCGACUCCUUGGAGAUGCGUUGCUGUGACCUUGGGCGUCCUCUUCGGGGUCAUUCUGGUCGUAGCGGUGGUCCUCGGCAUCCUGGUGUUGCAGAGACGGAGUUCAGGGAGCGGCGCGGCGGGCCGCCAUGCCUGGCCACCGAGCCAUGAGCCCAGCACCGAGGCUGCGGGGGAAGCCGGCGCGGCCCCCACCCGGGCGGCCAUUCCCACAGGCCUCCCCUCCCAGCCCUGUCCCCGCAGCUGGUCCAGACACGGCGCCAGCUGCUACCGGUUGGUUUGGUCCCUGGAUUCCUGGAACGGAAGCCGGAGACGCUGCUCCCGGCUAGACUCCGCGCUCCUGGCCAUCGAGAGCCCGGAAGAGUUUGAUUUUGUAAGAAGCCAAACAUCUCUCCAUCCUGCCAACGCCUUCUGGCUGGGCCUUUCCCGGCGCGGCGCCCAGGGGCCGUGGCUCUGGGAAGAUGGGUCUGCACUCUCUCCUGACAUAUUUCCUGUCAGAAGCGCAGCCACUCAGGAGGGGGCCCCGGACUCCUGUGCCUGGAUCCACGGGUCGGACAUUUACGCUCAGUUGUGUCACACGCCCGCAUUUAGUAUCUGCAAGAGGUUGUCUGUGUAAGAGGCCAGAGGAGAUGAAGACGCGCGAUUGUAAAAAUGGCUCAAAACACAAAAUAAAACGGAUUUCUGAGGCUGC